AUGACCAGCAACAAAGCAUUCUCUUUUGAGCUUAACAAAAACAUAGGGGGAAAAGUGAAGUUUGGAAAUGGCUCUUGCCUGAGAAUAGUUGGAAAGGGAUCGAUGCUGUUUCAAAGUAAAACAAUUGAGCAGAAAAUUGUAUCAGAUAUCUACUAUAUACCUGAGCUCAAGGGCAACAUUCUGUUUCUAGGACAAGCCACCGAAGCUGGAUGUGACGUCAGAAUGAGGCAGGAUUACUUGACUCUACAUGAUCCGAGUGGAAGACUCUUGGUGAAGACUCGACAAAGCUUUCUAAAAGCAUCGAUGUUCCGAGCUUCAAGGCCGCUGGAACUUCUUCACGCAGAUUUGUGUGGUCCGAUCUCACCACCAACUAUCGCUGAGAAAAGUGAGGCAUUUGAAAGAUUUAAGGCGUUCAAAGAGCUGGUUGAAAAGGAGCUUGGAAGAGCAAUAUUGACUCUUAGAACCAACAGAGGAGGAGAGCUUACCUCUAGGGAGUUCUAUGAGUUUUGCGAAUCAAAGGGGAUCAAGAGGCAUCUCACAGCUCCCUACACAUCACAACAAAACGGUGUAGUAGAGAGGAGAAACCGAACUCUAAUGGAGAUGACUAGGAGCAGUCUCAAGGCUAUGAACGUGGAAGCUGUCAAUCUCAAGAAGCUGGAUGAUAAGUCACAUAUGCUAGUACACCUUGAGAUUGAGCCAGAAUCCAAGGCGUAUAGACUCUAUAAUCCAGAGACAAGGAGAAUUACGGUGAGUUGUGAUGUGGUUUUCGAUGAAAAGGCAAGCUGGAAUUGGAACAAACCAAGAGAUGGAUCAGGAAGGGAUCCAGGGAUGUUUCAGAUGAGGUAG